AUUUUGUCUUCAGGUUCAGUUUCUCUAAAGAUUCUAAAGAUGGAUUUUAAGAUAAUCAUUUUGCUAUGCCUUGCUUUUGCUGCAACUUUGGCUUCCCCACUGAUUGAAGAGUUGACCAAGACUAAAGAUGGGGCUAACAGUACUAUGGCAUGCCCAGCUUAUGGGAUAGAUUGUUAUCAUAAUGAUGUGGAAGAAGGACACAAUACCAAUACUUGGGAGGAGUGUGCAAUUCAAUGUAGGGACCAUCAUGGUUGUUUGUUCUGGACUUGGAAAAUUCCUGAACUUACUCUUGAGCCAAGGAAAUGCUAUUUAAAGUAUGCUUGUGAUGAUGAGAGGAGGGAUUCGUACGCUAUCUCUGGACCCUAUGAUUGUUUUCAUUACUGAGGAGAAGAACUUGUUGUGUUUAAAUAUUAUUCAUUAAUUAAAAUUUGGCAUUAAAAGUUAAAUUUGUAUAUUUUAUUUCUAAUUCCUGACAUAAACUAAUUAAAAUAAAACUUAUUGUAUUUUAUGAGUUUAUAACUUUGGAAACAACUAUGUAAGCUUUAUAAAAUAAAAUGUAAAGAUGA